AUGGACGUCUGCCAGCUCCUAUCAUCCAAUCAAGACCUAAUCAAAACCUUUGUGGUCACUGAGGAGUGGCUCGGCUUCAUCGGCUCAGCCCCGAAGCCAUCCAAUAUACGUCUCCGUUCCAUACCCAAUGUAAUCCCUUCAGAGCGGGCCCGUGGGAAAGACAUGGCCAGCUUCGUUGAAGCCGUCUACACCAAGAUGGCCGAUCCAUUCGAUCAGCUACUCGAUCAGCUUGAUCAGCCGAUCAGCUGGAUCAUAACCGAUACUUACUUGACGUGGGUCGUUGAGAUCGGAAAUCGGAGGAAUAUUCCAGUGGCAUCGCUUUGGACGAUGUCGUCGGCCGUGUUUUCCAUCCUCUAUCACAAUGAUCUGAUCAUGUCCAAUCUUCAUUUAACGGCUGAUGAUGACUUAUCAGGGAUUAAGUUCAUCUUGGCACUGAACUGUUUGGUCUUACAUCCACAGAAGACAAUCGCAGACCAUUCAGUUAGGAAGCCUCUAGGACUGCAGUUUUACCUUGUUUUGCAGUUGCAGAUAUUUAGUGGUGUUUCAUCUGGCAUCUUUUCAGGAGUGUCCCCACAGAAAGGUGUUUCUAGUGACUGA